AUGUCUGCACUGGCUCAAGACAAGGUUUUAGCGAGAGAUCUAAAGGCUAAGAAGACCAAGUCCAGGAACGGAUGUGGUCGAUGCAAGCUCAAGAGGCUCAAGUGUGACGAGACCGCUCCCGGUUGCUUGCAGUGCAAGAAGAGGAACGUUGCAUGCCCUGGCUACGAGAAGACUCUGAAAUGGUCGACAAAGUACGAAGUCUUCAACCCCAGCCAGUCCAAGUCCACAUCUCCUAGGCCUAGAUCGACACUCGUCGCUACCUCUACUGCGUCUGCGGCAGCCAAAUCACCCCUUCCCCAGAACGUCGCCAGCGGCAUCGAGGCUGCGUUGGCUGCUGUACUCCCUGCAGGCAGGAAUAACAUCGCCCCUACACAACAACUCUCAACAACACAGACAUCAUCAGCUGUCCCAUCUCCACCAAGCUUCGAGGAACCAACCUCGAUACAAGAGUCUUCCACUGAGGAUGGUGACUCCCCUCGUGAGUACGAGCCUUUCCCUAUGGAGGACAUCAACAACAUGGAUCCUAUCAUGCUCGACGGAUUCACCGAUGCUAUGCAAAUACCCAACGAAGACUUCAACUUCGACCCAUUUGAGAACAUCGACUUCGACUCUGAAUCGCUGGAGGACCUUGCCUUUGACAUGCAAGACCUCUCACAGAAGCAAGACAUGACUUCCUCGUCAUUACCUAUGAUGGACCGGGAAUCAACACGGGAAUCUAGCCCCAGACUCUCUCGCUCAUUGCUUCUUGACCUGUAUCGUCUUCCAAGUCCUUCUCCAGACCCAUCCUCCCCGGAUGAUGUAGAGUCGCUGCUCAUCCAGCAUUACUUCAAGGACGUCUGCGGCGUAUUUUCUUCUUUUGAUUCCGUUCUUAACCCUUUCCGGACUACCAUCGGUCGCAUCUACAAGGAGUGUCCUUCUAUUAAUUACGCGAUCCAAUCCAUGGCCGCCGCACAUCUGGCCAACACUUUCCCCAACAUGGCGGCAACAGGCCUUGAACUACAGCGCAAGGCCCGCGAGGCAUUGGAAGCGGAGCUCCCGCUUGCUCAGAGAGAUCACAAAAGUACAACCAAAACCUUCUUGAGCAUCAUGCUACUGGGUCUCACCACCUCGUGGCACGAUAGCAAUGAGCUUGGACUAGAGUAUCUGUCUAUCGCAAGGGAUCUGAUCCUACCUAAGCUCUUCAGUCGGUCGGGAGGCAUUGAAUUCGAGCGCGAAGCACAGUUCUUUGAAGAGUCCUUGAUCCACUGGGAGAUGCUCAUGGGCUUCGUGACAGAAGAUGCGAUGAGCUUCUCUCCCAAGUCAGGACUACGACCUAGUAUCACCGCCAGGAAGAAAACUCCUGCUGCACGCGGACCGCAAGGCAAGAUCGUGCCCCAUCCUUGGACAGGUAUCGCACCAAUGAUUCACUUCUUGUUUGCUGAGGUCGGUCGCUUGGUUCGUAAGGAGCGUUCGAUGGACCGCGAGGCCUCCAUGGACCUUCGUCGACGGCAGGAAAAUCUCCAGAACGCUGCUUCGCUCGAAGAGGACUUUCUAGCUGUCGAAUAUCCAUCAGUCGAUCAGGUCAUUGACACGGGUGAUGAACGUACCCCCAAGGAACACUUCGUUACCAUGGCCGAAGCAUACCGUCUUGCUGGCUUGUUGGAGAUCUACCGCGUCUUCCCUUCCAUUCUGCGCAAGCGUUUGGGAUCGGGCAAGCCCAAGGGUUCCGACAAUAUGGACUUUGACUUCCCGACCCCGCGAUUUGAGACAGUCUACGAGGAUACCGACAUGAAGCUGUGGCUCAACUCACUUGCGAUGCAUAUUAUUGGGUCACUCCAGUCUCUGCCUUCUUCGUCUGGCACGUUCUGCAUCCAGCCGCUUCUGCUCGUCGUUGCUGCCUCGGAGCUGAAGUUUGUCUCCUCGAUUGACUUCUUCGAUGUUCAAGCCAACGACUCAGAGAUUGUCGUCGCUCGUGAGUUUGUCAUUAGGCGCCUGCAAGAGUUCGCUCUUAGGUUACCUAACAAGCCCCUUCGUAAGAUGAUCCAACUUAUCAAAGAGACAUGGUGCCAGUCUGAUGAGGGUCACGAUGCUUUCUGGAUCGACGUAAUGAAUGAGAAAGGUUACCACACCAUCAUGUGA